CCCGGAGCUCCCUUAGAUUAGAACUCGCCUCUCCUAGCUCCUCCCCUCAGUCCCAUUUAAAGCUCCCACCGGCUUUCCCGAAAAAUUAAGAGUGGGCUCAGUUUCUGCAGCGCCUUCUUCCAGGGCAAGAUGAACACCGUUCUGCCUUGCCAAGACCAGUACUUUGUAGGAGGCCAGAGCUAUAAUUGCCCGUAUUCCGGUACAACGUCAGAAUCUAGUGUUGACGUUUCCACGGAGACUUGGGUCUCUUUCUGGGCUGCUGGUCUCCUGGACAACAGAGAGCCCCAACAAGCACCACAGGCACAGGAAUCAUCCAGUGACUCGAAUUUCCCUGUUCUUAAUUCGUGUUCAUGGGAAGAGGCUCAGCUUUCCUCUCAGCUCUACAGAAACAAGCAGCUCCAAGAUACUCUGGUGCAGAAGGAAGAAGAACUCGCUAGGUUACAUGAAGAGAAUAAUCAUCUCAGACAAUACCUGAAUUCUGCUUUAGUUAAAUGUCUUGAGGAAAAAGCCAAGAAAUUGCUGUCAUCAGAUGGGUUCUCCAAAGCACGUGGAAAAUUCAGAAAGGGGAAGAGGAAACCCAAAGAGCAAAGAUAUUUUCCUCCUGAGAUUCCCCAUCAUAAAAAUGCCAAAAGAAACCUCUCUAGUGAAUUUGCUAACUGUGAACAACCUGGGCCCCCUGUGGAUCCCUGGGUUCUUCAAACACUGGGGUUGAAAGACCUCAACACCAUUGAUGACACCUCAUCAGCUAACUACAGUGCCCUGUCAUCUCAUCCCAGACGGACCACAAGCACAUUUCCCCAGUUUCUGAAUGAUGCAGUUGAUUAUCCCGGUGCCUCCGGGGAAGAUCUGCCAAUUGACUAUGGAGGUGACAGAACAACCCCCUCACACAGCACUGCCAGCCACAGGGAAGAUUUUCACUUCCUUUCUCAACUUUCAAAUCCCCCAGGAGGACUACAAACUCUUCCUUACUAUACUUCUGAUGUGUCACCCAAUAAGACAGAGAUGGCCUUUUCCACAUCCCUGAGCCCUCACUGUAAUGUGAAAACUCACUCCUUCCACCAGGGACAAGCCUUUGUUCGUCGAGAUGAAGAGGGAGGCUGGAAGUUUACCUGGGUCCCUAAGCAGUCUUAGUGAUCCCCUCCUCUAUCACAAAGGACUGCCAUGAACUCUGUUUACAAGACCUGUCUUGCACUUGAACCUGACUAUGUGGAAAAUGCAAGCUAUUGCCCAGACUGUCUCCUGCCACUUUAAAUGUCACUCUCAAUUACCUACUUAAAUCUGCAGGGAAUGGCUUCCAGGAAUCUAUAAUGAAACAUGCCUGCUCUUCUUUCACCUAAAUUUGACUUGUUUACACAGCCACACCUGCUGUUGACUUCCUUCCUUGGCCCUAUACUUGAAAAGGUAUUUUCCAAUUGCCUGAAUAUUCCUUUGAGACCUACAUGUGCCAUUCCAAUUAUAACAAGUCUAAAAGCUUUUCUUCUUUCAUCAGACAGUUUAAAUGUUCACAGCCUUCACCUUUCCACUUUUAUUUCUCUCCUGUUCCUCUUCAUUUCUAAAAACUGCCUUUGAAAUGAGCAUUAUAAUUGCUCCACAUAGCUGUUAUUGGGUGUUCAAAUAACUGGGGGUGGGGUAGAAACAAGAAUCUUUGCCCAUUGCCAUUCCUGAAGACAUAAAGUGAGUAAUGUUAUGUGUAGUGCAGUUCAUUAACUUGAGUGUCCCAUGAUGGAGCUGACAAAAAAAUCUCUUCAACACCUGGAAGUCUACUGAUAAGCAACAACACUGAUAAAUUAAAAGAUAAAAGAGAAUGAAAAUUACUUCAAAAUGCCUGCAUGGUGUAUCAGCUUCUAUGGGCACCUGGCAUUGUGUCUGCAACCAACAUCACUCAAACAAGAAGAUUUCUGAGGAAUUCGUGGUAACGGAAUAAGUCACUAUCCUAAACUAAUUAGAUGCUGAUACACUUCUAUUCCUGAAAGUAUAGUCUAGCCUAGCUCUGACACUGUCUUACUUAUCCAUUCAGUCAUUCAUGUGUUCAUUUGUUCAUUCAUCAACACACCCAAAAUAUUUGUAGAACACCAACUGUGUAGCAGGCAUUGUGCUCUGUGGUGAUGAUAAAAUGUGAACAAGUUAGAUGCUGUGGCCACCCUCAUGAGACUCAGACUCACUCAUCUGCUGUGACCUUGAGAAAGAUACUUCCUUGGUAUGAAAAUUCAGUUUUCCCAACUGUAGAAUACAGAAGUCAAAGUAGAUAAUCACUGACAUUCUAUAAAUUGAGCCUGGGUCCCAUCAGCUUUACUCCAACACUGCCAUCCCAGGGCACUGUUCUCUGCUUUUGAUUGGCAUUGCAGAUAUGUUGGGUGAACUUUUUUGUAUACAAUUUUUUUUAAAUGUGAGUCAUUUGUAGUUAACACUAGAAAUCAUUGCUCUGAUCACAGUAUUCUUUUUUCUGGUAUGAACCCAUUUUUGGGUUAAUUCAGUCUGUGUUGAGAACAUGCAUCUAAAAAAUAGAGACAUUAUUUUCUAAAUAAGUGUGCAUAGAUUUAAUGGAAAUAUUGACAUCAAAGAUCUCUCUUUCUAGAUUAAAAAACAUGCAUUCUUCAUGUUCAUGUUAGUUCUCCUUCUUUCCAAUUCCCCAGGCUCCCUAUCCUUCCCAGAAUAAGUUAGGUAUCAAAGAUGUACACCUAUGAUUUUUGGGGAACCAAACUUCAGUUGAUGAUAAGACCCACCAUGUUGUACGCCUUUCCCAUUUUUCUUUAUUCCACCCUUCAGUAAGUCAUCUGUACAAUCAACGCCUGAGAGCAUGAGUAUUCUAUUUGGAAUUCUUUGUGACUAAGACAUGUCUUUUGUUUUAUUGCUGUUUGGUUUUUGCUUUAUUUUGGUGAUGUGGACAAAUGAUCUAUUUAUGAAGUUUUGCUACCACCCAGUUUUCUUUAUAAUCCAUGAAGGGGAAUCAAAUAUAUUAAUUAUUUUCAUGACUUGGGAAGAAAUAGAACACAUUCUAUUUUCUAAAAACAAAACCAAAACAAAAAAGUGCCUUUUACAUUCUAAUAUCUGUUCCCCUGUAUGGUGAAAUUUAUCUCUUUUUAAUUACAAAUAUAAGAAUUAGAACUGACUGUGCUUUAAUAGUAGGAAUCAAGAAAGCAACAUAAAUAUUUUGAAAGUCUAAAUGAUCAAGUUGUAAAACAAAAUUGAUUAGUCAACAAAUUAUUUUGCGUUUUUUAUGUGCUGCAUCAUGUGUUAGGCACUAUGAGGAAGCACCCAGGCUUAUCACAUUUGGUACAUACAACAAAGCCACAUAAAAUGUAACAGCUUUUAAGUGAAACUUGGUCUCAGCCCAGUUUAAAGAAGUUACAGCACAUUUGUGGUAAAGGAUAACUCGCUCUGGCUUAUGUGGGAGAAAAUGACCACUUGUUCUUACAAUCAUAUCUAUAGGCAUUUGAUAUCCACUGGAAUUAUGUAUAGAAACUUAUUUUACUGAUGUUUGAAAAAUUAGAAAUUUCUCUGACCUGAGUAUAUGUUCUAACUUUAUGGUUUUACCAUGCCCAUCCAGUAAACCAGAGUUAAUAUUUUACUAAUAUAAAGUGAGAAAUAAAAAUUAAAUAGCACUUUUGUGAUUGCAAUGAAUAUUUUUAUAUUGUGCAUAACAUUUUCGAAUAAUGGAUUUUCUUCUCCUAGGUUUUAACCAUAAUCUUUUGAUGUGCACCUCUUUUGUAUAUGUGCACCUCUUUUGUAUAUCUUUUGUAUAUGUGGCCAGACUAAUAUUUUCAGCAUUUAGGGUUCAAUGGUUCUUUCCUUUAUCCGGGGUACAUUAAUGAGGCUUUCAGAUGUUAACUGGCCUAAAAGGUCAAGUGCUUUGUGUGUACAGCAUUCUCUUACCUAACCUCCCAUAAAAAUUAGAAUCCAGUAUCAGUUUUUAAAAUUUGAUCACAUUUCCAAUGUCCUCUAAUCAUCUGAAAAUAGAUCAUAUUUGUAUCUCACUAGUAUCUGGAAAAUAAGGGCAAUUGGAAAACCUUACUUAUGCAGGUGACAUUUAAUGAAUGGGAUUGUUUAAUACUGCAGUGAUGCUAAACUAUAAUUUUGAAAAUUUUGAAGAAAAGAAGCUAUGUGAAUCAAUGAAAAGAAUUACUGUUUGAUCUAUUUCAAGAAAACAGAAACAUUUUUUUAAAGUGUGACAAAUCAACAACUGACCUACUAAGUAUAGAGUUAGUACACCUAUGAUAAUUUUUUGAUAAAUUUACCUCUUGCCUGUAAAGUCAAGAUAUGCAAUUUACAUUUGUUUCAGUUUACCAAAAGAUUCACAUAAGGUCAAUAUUAAAUGUACCAUUUAAAAAAUUUUAAUAAAUCAAAAUAAUAAAAAUUUAAAUUUUUAGUAAUUUUAUUUGGUUUACAA